AUGUUAAAUAAUAUAUUCAAUGUUUUGGCUGCCACUGUGUCUAUGGCAGUCUUCACCUUUUUGGUUGGAUACAUUCCCUUGUACAUAAAAUUGGACCCCGCGUAUCUUUCACUCGCGUCUGUUGCCAGUAUGGGUCUUCUUGUAUCCACUGCUCUCGCUGUAGUCAUUCCUGAGGGAAUUGAGACCGUAUGGGAGGCAUCGAAAGCAAAUGGAGAGGACCAUAUCCGUGCCAUUGGAGUGCUAUUGUUAGCUGGAUUCGUAUUGAUGUACGUUUUAGAUAACCUCGGAAGCAUUCCAUACAUUGGGGAAGUCUUUGAAAAAUUCUACAAGAAUGAAAAUGGAAGGCUGGACCAGCAAUCUAAAUUGAGCCCUUCAACAAUCUUUAAAUCUAUUUUUCUGUCUUCAAUUACAUUAGGGCUAAUCAUUCAUGCGAUUACUGAUGGUAUAUCUUUAGGGACUUCCUUUACAAGGAUGAGUGGGUUCCAACUUAUGUUUUAUUUCAGUCUCUUGGCCCACAAAUUACCGACUAGUAUUAGUCUUGUAACAAUUUUGAUCAAGGAAAAUUAUUCCUAUAGUAUCAUACCCUUCCAUUUGGGACUUUUUGCCCUUGCGUCGCCAAUAACAAGCUUUGUAACAUACUUGGCGCUUUCAAUGGGGACUACUGAUCCAUUAGCGGUUGGCUACUUACUAUUGUUCAGUGGGGGGACAUUUAUUUACGUCGUAAUUCACGUAAUAUUAGAUAUAAACACUACGGGCGAUCAUGCAGAAAAGGGUAUGCCCAUGCCGCAAUCAGAAGACACUAGCCAAUUCAGCGAAUUUACUAUUACAGAAGAAGACGAAGAGAAUGAAGAAAUAUUAAUCAGAGCCAAAUCCAAUUCGUUGGAUGGAUAUCAAUUACUUGCUUCGUUGAUCGGAAUGUCCAUUCCAAUUAUAUUUGGAUUGCUUCUCGAACAUUGA